AGUUAAAUGCAUAAAAAUGCAAACCAAAAUAAUCAUUUAUUAAUACAAAAAAUUAAAAAACAUAUCUGUCCUUUGAUUUUGUGUCAUUGGUGACACAAACUAUUAUUUUGAAAGAAUAAAAAUAUGCAAGUAAGUGCUUAGAAGGUCAAAGGUCAACAAAGAAGACGCUCUGUUCAAGCACACACAUGGUGAGUGUCCCUUUCCUUAAUUUAAAUUAGAAAUUUUAUUUAAAAUGUUGGUUUUUGGUGUGGUUCUUUAAAAGCGUCAUUGGUGUUGCUUUGGUUUGUGUCAGCAUGAAGGAUUUUUAUUGGAAAAAAACAUGUUUAUCGGUAUAAUGUAUAGAUUUUAGUGUGCCUCAUCAUGUUAGUUUUGAGGUGACUUAGCCAUCAUUUUGGAAAAUUAGCUUUUAAUGGGAAUUUGUCACUGGUGUUAUCGUCACUUGUGUUACACCAACAAUGACAGAAAACUCUAUGCAAAUAAUAAGUAAAAUAAAAUAAUUAAAUAAGGAACACGAUUCAAGUUGGCCAUUAUUAUUCGUAACAAUGUAAUCAUCCAUGUGAAUACUAAUCAUCAAAUUUUAGGCAUGAAAACUGAAUUACAUUUUUUGACUUUUUGAAGUCAGAAAGUCAUUGUUUUAUCCUGAUGGGUGCAUACAGAAAGCAUACAUGUGAAUUGAGGGAUUUUGUGGGACUUACAUCUCUAUAAGGUGGUUUUAUACAAAUCAAUUAAAAAUACGGACCGACUAUUUCCACAGACGUUAUGUAUAAGGGUCAGGGCCUGGUUUUAUAAAGCACCUUAAGUUUUUCCCUUAAGUGUGACACUUAAGGGGUGAUUUCCCUUUACCAAAGACAAUAGGAGAAUAACUUAAGUAAAACUUAAGGUAUAUUUAAGGGCACACUUAAGGGAAAAUUACACUUAAGGUGCUUUAUGCAACCGAUCACAGGUACAGUAGAAUACAUGAAUGAAUACUUUUUAUGUACUUCUUGCAAGGCCUAAUUUUGCACAGCUCAUUGCCUCUGGGGUCAAAGGUCUCCUCAGUGUACUCUUAGGCAAUAACCCUUUCAGAUAAAUUAAACGGCCAGACUUUGACCCCAGGGUGAAGAUCAUGUGCAGUGUUGAUCUCUAGGCUUCUUGCCGGCUCUUGGCGUCUUCCUUGGGUCUGGUUCAGCCAUGAAGAUUGAUUUUGCUCCAUCCGAUGUGCCUCUGGCUAGGAGGUUCCAGACUGCUGCUGUGCUAAUCUGGGUCUUCUCUUUCCUGGCCCUCGCACCCCUCUGCAUAGUUUUGUUCUUGUUCUUGCUCUUCACCCGGUUUUGGCUCAUCAGUGUGCUCUACGCCACCUGGUGGUUCAUCGAUUGGGACACGCCCUCAAGAGGCGGUAGGAAGGUCCCGUUUCUCUGCGAAAUGCGCGUGUGGGAGUACAUGAGAGAUUAUUUCCCCAUAAAGCUGGUUAAGACAGCUGAUCUGGACCCCAGGCAGAACUAUGUUCUGGGUUUCCAUCCUCAUGGUAUUCUUGUGGCUGGUGCUUUUACAAACUUCUGCACGGAGGCCACAGGAUUCAGCAAACUCUUCCCUGGGAUGAAGAGCAACCUUCUGAUGCUGCCUCUUUGGUUCAGAUCCCCCUUCUUCAGGGACUACAUUAUGAGUGCAGGUCUUGUUCCAUCUGACAAGGAGAGUGCCAGCUAUCUGCUCCAACAUAAGGAGGGUGGGAACGCCGUAGUCAUUGCAGUCGGCGGUGCCCCUGAGGCUUUGGAUGCCCGUCCUGGUGACUACACCGUUCACCUCGCCAAUAAAAAGGGCUUCAUUAAAUUUGCAUUGGAGCAUGGCGCCCAUUUGGUUCCUACAUAUUCUUUUGGAGAGAAUGAAGUCUUUGAUCAGGUGGAGAACCAUCGCGGAACCUGGUUGCGAUAUAUUCAAGAGCGUCUGCAAAGCAUCAUGGGUAUUUCACUGCCCCUCUUCCAUGCACGAGGAGUUUUUCAGUACAGCUUUGGCCUGAUGCCCUACAGAAAGCCCAUCAACACUGUUGUGGGUCGGCCCAUCAAGGUAGAGAAAAAGGAGAAACCCACAGCAGAAGAUCUGGACAAUCUUCACCAGCUCUACAUGGAUGAACUCGCACAACUGUUUGAGGAACACAAACAAAAUUAUGGAGUACUUGAAGACUCUCACCUGAUGUUUCAAUGACCUGACAGCAACACUGCAGUGUGUGUGUGUGUGUGUGGGAAGGGUAAACCCUACGGUAUGGGGACAAAAUGUCCCCACAAAGAUGGCUAUAUCCAAAAUCCUUGUCCUUGUGGGGACAUUUUUUUGUCCCCAUGAGGAAACAAGCUUAUAAAUCAUACAGAAUUAACUUUUUUGAAAAUCUAAAAGAGCAGACAGUUGUGUGUGACUUUUAGGGUUAGGGGGUGGCUUAGGGGUAGGGAAUAUGAUAUACAGUUUGUACAGUAUAAAAACCAUUGCGUCUAUGGAAUGUCCCCAUAAAACAUGGAAACCCAACAUGUGUGUGUGUGCGCGCACGUGUGCAAUCCCUUAUGAAAAUGAACUAUGGUUUAACUAGCAACCAUAGUUUAACAAGAUUUAUGGUAAUGGUAAUCGAUCUGCCUAAAAACUGAUUACUAAACCUUUACUAUAUUAAAACCAUGGCUAAUGUUCCUUAGGAAUAGAGAGGGAAUCAAUGAGAGUCUGAACAAAUGUAUGAGUAAAGUUGUCAACUGUAUUAGCUACACAGUCGAAUCAUUAUUUGGAUUUAUUUGGAUCAUUUUGAAAAGGGCAUAACAGUUCAUUUAUUUGCAUUAUACAUGCUAUUGUUUCUACUGGGAAUUUCUGAAUAAAUCUUUUAACUUGAAUGCUUCAUGUAAAAAGUGUUGUGAAAAGCUCACUGCUCAUUGCA